GGACUUACCGUUGCGUCUUGCUCCCACCUCUACGUUUCUCCUCGUGCCCCUCUUCCACCACCCGCCCUGCCCUUCUUUCUCCGACUGGCCUUCGUUCUUCCUCCGCCUCCUCGCAACAGCUACCUGAAGAACCCUGCUCCUGUGGUUUUCGAUUCACAAAUGCGUUUUUCUCUUCUUUUCGGCUUACUGUUUAUCGCUUGAUAUCUGUUUGCAGGGUGCCAAGAAGAACUUCUGCUCAUCUUGGCGCUGCCUGCAAUCUUCGGCGAAGAAUCUUUGGGUGCUGUUGUUCUUUUUUCGUGAUAUAUGGGGAUAUCGUCUGACAACGUAAAAGGCCUUGUUCUCGCUGUGUCUUCGAGCGUUUUCAUUGGGUCUAGCUUCAUUAUCAAAAAGAAGGGUCUCCAAAGGGCUGGGAAUACGGGGAACAGAGCAGCCUCUGGAGGCCAUGCAUACCUGUAUGAACCAUGGUGGUGGAUGGGAAUGAUCACAAUGAUAUUUGGGGAAAUCGCCAACUUUGCGGCUUAUGCAUUUGCUCCUGCUAUACUUGUAACUCCUUUAGGAGCUUUAAGCAUCAUUUUCAGUGCAGUGCUAGCUCAUUUUAUCCUCCGUGAGAAAUUGCACGUGUUUGGUCAGCUUGGAUGUGCUCUGUGUAUGGUGGGCUCUACAACUAUUGUUUUGCAUGCACCGCAUGAGAGAAACAUUCAUUCUGUUAAGGAAGUGUGGGAACUCGCCACAGAACCAGGCUUUCUUGUGUACACUAUUGCUGUUGUGAUUGCUGUUUGUGUUCUUAUUUUCUGGUAUGUGCCACGUCAUGGGCAGACGCAUAUGAUCAUCUAUGUCGGAAUAUGUUCUCUCGUCGGCUCUCUUACGGUUAUGGGCGUGAAAGCUGUAGGAAUAGCGCUGAAGCUUUCAUUUGAAGGGAUGAAUCAAUUCAAAUACUUUGAGACCUGGUUUUUCACCUUGCUUGUGAUAGGAUGUUGUCUUUUGCAGAUUAAUUACUUGAACAAGGCUUUGGACACCUUCAACACAGCUGUCGUAUCACCAGUUUACUACGUGAUGUUUACAACAUUUACUAUACUAGCCAGCGUAAUCAUGUUCAAGGAGUGGGACUCACAAAAUGCAUCUCAGAUAGCAACAGAGUUGUGUGGCUUUGUGACAAUAUUAGGGGGCACCUUCCUUCUUCACAAAACCAAAGACAUGGGGUCCAAACCCACGGAACCCAGUACUCCUAAUGAAAGUCCUGCCAUCUCGUACGAAUCUUUCACACGAGCUUAGAUAGCCUGAGAGAGUUUUUGAGCCAGUCUUUGUUUCUCAUGGACCAGCAGCAGAAGCUAGUGUUAUAGAAAGGACAUCUGAUGAAAGGUUUUAUUAAAAAGAAUUGAAACCGCAGGGCCAGAGUGGCGGGACAAGAGAGAGAGCACCUUGUUCUCUCUAUCUCCCUCUCUCUCUCUAAAAAUGAACAGGGAAAGAGACAUCUUUCGUGUUCUUGUACAAGACUUCAGCAGCAACUGUCUCACAAAUGUCUUUAGGGAUGUUGAUCACAACAUGUCAUUUAGCUCUCCUCUAGUCCUCUUUGUGUCUUUUCUCAUUAUUCUUCGUUUUCUCGAGGGAUUUGAACUGAAACUGGCACGUGCGCGAAGGGCUGUUUUUUUUUUUUUAAUAAUUAUUUAAAGAAACAAAGAAGCCGAUGCAGCGCAGCAAAGGGCUUCAUUUUCA